UUAUGAUGCUUACCCUGCCGCCGACCCGCCAUAGUUCUGUAGAUUUCUUUUUUGGAGGUGCCCGUGAGAAGUUUUGCAAAAUGGCUGACAUAUCAGAAACAUACAAAAAAUAUCAGAGUUGUUUAUUAUGGGUUCUGGUGUUGACUUCAAAUAUCAGAUGCGGAUAUGGUCUCACAUGCUAUUGUCAAGGGCAUUGUCCUAAUGACAAUUUUAAUGGCACAUGUGAAGCUAGACCUUUCAGCCAGUGCUUUGCUGCGGUGGAAGAGGUAUACAAUCCUGACACAGGUUUGCCAGAACCUGAAUACACUUAUGGCUGUUUGCCACCAGAAGAAAAAGGUCUCAUGCAAUGCAAAGGCCACCUUGUUCCUCAUUUAGUACCCAAAUCAAUACAAUGUUGUUACCAGUCUGACCAUUGCAACAGAUUGCUAUCUCCUAUGUAUGAAAUACGCAGUACUACACCUGAUCCCAAUUCAGGGUUGGGGUCUGAUGAAAAUGUUCACUAUUUGGCCUUACUAGUUUCAGUCACAGCCAGUGUGAUCAUUCUGUUUGUUAUGGUUGUUUGUGUCUAUCUGCAUUACAAAAAGAAAGAGGAUAAAAGACAAGUUUCCAUUAUCAAAGCUCCUUGUGUACCAUACCUUGGAGGAAAUUCAACAAUCAAGGACAUGGUGGACCAUAGCCAGAGUUCUGGUUCUGGUUCUGGUUUACCUUUACUUGUUCAAAGAACAAUAGCCAAGCAGUUAGUUAUGGGCCAUUCCAUAGGUAAAGGUCGAUAUGGUGAAGUAUGGAUGGCCAAAUGGAGGGAAGAAAAGGUUGCUGUCAAGGUGUUUUUCACAACUGAAGAAGCUUCUUGGUUUAGAGAAACAGACAUUUAUCAGACUGUACUCAUGAGACAUUCACACAUUCUUGGUUUCAUUGCUGCUGAUAUCAAAGGAACAGGCUCCUGGACACAGAUGCUACUCAUUACCGACUAUCAUGAACUUGGAUCUUUACACGAUUUUCUUCAACAAUAUUCUCCUGACGGAGUAGCAGCUGGAAGGUUAGCAUUUACUGCCGCUAGCGGAUUGGCUCAUUUGCACACGGAAAUCUUUGGUACCAGAGGAAAACCGGCCAUUGCUCACAGAGAUAUUAAGAGUAAGAAUAUCUUGGUGAAAAGAGAUUGGACAUGUGCCAUUGCUGAUUUUGGUUUGGCUGUCAGAUAUAUAAGCGAAUCCCAAGAGAUCGAUAUUGCACCAAAUACCCGUGUCGGAACUCGUCGCUACAUGGCUCCUGAAGUGUUAGACGAAAGCUUAAACAAAUUUUCUUUCGAGGCCUUUAAGACAGCUGAUAUUUAUUCGUUCGGUCUUGUUUUGUGGGAGAUUGCUCGUCGAUGUAAUACGGCCUUAAGCACAGUUAGCGAAAUCAUAACAGACGAGAGCCAAGAGAAAUUGGUCACCUAUGGCCCCGAUGACUACCAACAACCGUACUAUGAUUGCGUUCCUUCUGAUCCAUCUUUCGAUGACAUGUACAACGUGGUGUGUGUCAAGAAAGUGCGACCGGAUAUCCAACCGCACUGGCUCACCGAGGAGCCCCUGAAAACUUUAGCUCAAGUGAUGCAAGAGUGUUGGCAUCAAAAUCCGGCCGCCCGAUUGACGGCUUUACGCGUUAAAAAAUCUCUUACUCGCAUCAACGACGAAUCUGACAUGUACAUGUACAUCGAAAAGUAUAACGACAAAGAAAUGCUACCAUCCGUUUAAUUCACUGUUGUAACAUUGCAAGUCUUUGAAUCUGAAGUUUGACCAAGGUGUUCUUAAAAUUACUGAAAUUUUUCUUAGUGCGUUCUUUUGACAAGUGUUUGUUUGUAAAUAAUUUGCGCGUGAAAGGGUUUUCUGAAUGUGAAUCGUUUGUCGUUUCGUUUUGAUAUUGCUCCACUGCAACUGCCGUGCCAUUAAUAAUUGUUGCCUCAAGCCUUAAAACGGAUUCAAACAAAACUGUUGGGUGUCUUAAUUAACUAAAACAAUCGUCUCCCUUUGCUCAUGUUAUUACUCUUCCAUUGCUUCCAGGAAUCGUUUUAUUCUCUUUUAACGUGUAAAUACAAUGAAUUGAAUCAGC